UCAUCAUGAAGAAUGCGCCGAACAUCGGCUAACGCCGUUGCCGUCGUUGCCGCUGCCGCUGCCCCCGCCGGCAACGCAUUGAUAGCGGGGCGGCCGUCACCACUCAAAUAAAAUGACCAUUGGCUACUAGCAACUGCAAUAGCGAUUGCGACCCAGAACCGCCACCGCAGGCCGGUUUGAAGCCGCCACUUUUCCAGUACGCUGACUCAUUUAUCUAUUGUUGCUAUACCGCCGCCACUUUGGUGACUACGUUGAACAACCAACUGGGUUGCUCACCCCUGUCAACGACAAACGCUGUACAUCUCCUACCGUCUCCUGUCCAGUUGAACACCAGCCCAUUCUGCCGUUCGAUUGCUACCGCCGCUAUUGUUGUUUGCACCAAGUCAGCAGGCAAUUGGUUGACGGCACUGUGACGAGCAAUAGGGACAAUCACAGCGACGAAAGGCAAGCACUAUUGGUGCUAUCAGCUUAUCCCUUAAAAUCGUAUAGUAGAAAAGCCGGUUUAUAAAAGGCUUUAGGUGGAUGAUAGCAUGCAGUGGGUGAUUUGAGUAACAUUCGAAGGUUGUCGUGGCAGAGACAGCACCGCAAGCCAUCACCGCUCGUGAAGUGGACCCGGCGACCUGUCGCCGGCGGUUACUCGGUUCCUCCGUAAAAUGGUGACGCUGGCACGAGAUAGAGGAAACACAAAAAAGAACGGAUAGGGCGCCGAUGUGCUGGCGCUCAGAGUGGCGAUCUGUAAGCAGGUAUUUGUUACUGUCAUCAACAAUCCAAGUGAUCGUAAAGUAAAGAAGCUAUUGUAAAAGUGCAGUGCUACAGAAAGCUUGUUGUUGGCCGGUUCGUGCUCGUUCCAUUAAGUCGAUAUAUAUAUAAUCGCAACAGUUAGCUAUUAUACUACACACGUUGGUAAUGCGGUGACCAGAGCGUCCUUGGCGUCAUGCUGCUGAUGCGUCAACUACCGAUUACGACUGACCGUUCGUGAUCGUGGCGUUGUGCCACUGUCUCUGUUUCCCGGAGAAAGGGGAUCAACAGUUAUGAAGAUCUCAUUCGAUUCGGGGAGUCUUGACCUCUUCGAGGCCUAUUGUCCACCGCGUUGUUGAGACAACAAACGGCAAAUUACUGACGAGCAAGAAGUGGCAACUCCAGUAGCAUCAUGGCCGACGGAAAUGGCCUGGCAAAUUCCACGUCUGAUUUGGACCGUCAGAUCGAACAGUUACGUCGGUGUGAAAUUAUUCGGGAAGCCGAAGUGAAAGCACUUUGCGCCAAGGCGCGCGAAAUUCUCAUCGAGGAAAGCAACGUGCAGACGGUGGAUGCCCCUGUCACAGUGUGCGGCGAUAUUCACGGCCAAUUCUACGAUUUGAAAGAGCUAUUUCGGGUAGGUGGUGAUGUGCCCAACACAAACUAUCUAUUUAUGGGCGACUUCGUAGAUCGUGGUUUUUACUCCGUUGAGACGUUCCUGUUGCUGCUAGCACUGAAAGUGCGGUAUCCUGACCGAAUUACGUUAAUUCGUGGCAAUCAUGAAAGUCGCCAGAUUACACAGGUGUACGGCUUUUACGAUGAGUGCCUCCGCAAAUAUAACAGUGUUACGGUGUGGCGAUAUUGUACAGAAAUUUUUGACUACCUUUCGUUAUCGGCUAUCAUUGACGGGAAGAUCUUCUGUGUGCAUGGUGGUCUUUCGCCAUCGAUCCAAAGGCUCGACCAAAUUCGUACCAUCGACCGUAAACAAGAGGUGCCCCAUGACGGUCCCAUGUGCGAUCUUUUGUGGUCUGACCCCGAGGAAACACAGGGUUGGGGUGUUAGCCCUCGUGGCGCUGGGUACCUCUUUGGCAGCGAUGUUGUCCAACAAUUUAACACGGCCAAUAACAUCGAUAUGAUUUGCAGGGCUCAUCAACUGGUUAUGGAGGGUUACAAGUGGCACUUUAAUGAACUCGUUCUUACUGUCUGGUCCGCGCCUAAUUACUGUUACCGAUGCGGAAACGUAGCAGCGAUCCUGGAAUUAGACGAGUACCUUCAACGAGACUUCACGAUAUUUGAGGCAGCCCCUCAAGAAAGCCGGGGCAUCCCAACAAAAAAGCCCCAACCGGACUAUUUCCUCUAAAGAUAACGCACUCGAGCUGGCUUUUGGGUGAUAUCCGAAAGAGGAAACGGUUGUAUAAGGACCUGUGCCGGUUCUGCAAUCCCUACAAAACUAUGUAACAGGCCGGGGAUAUAUUUCAAAGUGGACGUGUACUGCAGGACUUGUAUCGGGAAAUGAGGGCGUUAUAUGUGCACAUUAAUUUCAGUUAUAUUAUUAUAACUAUCGAUGUACACUCUUUUCGAGCAUAGGAAAUA